UACUGCACUACACUCUGCGGCGAGCAAAAUGUAUUCAACAUACACCUUGGUGGCGAGGUGCCACCCAUUGGGAGUCUUUCGAAAAUAUGCUGACGUAUUUGUUGAUUAACGAAUGACAACCGCUUUCCGUGGUGUUUUCGUACAUUCAGUGUUCGUCUAGUAUUCCACACAGCCGGUUGCUUAUAAACAAGCGAAAAGUACUGUAGUAAAGAUAACAACAAAAGUCAUAAGCUAGUAUAUAAAUGCAUUUUCGGCAUUUAUCAUUUUUGUUGUUAUUGUUGUUCUAAAUAACUCAGGUAAUUGUUGUUGCAUAUUAGCAUCGGUCUAUAGUGGAGCGCUUUACGUUUUGUAUGUACAUAUUUACAACUACACAAUUAUAUUGACUGCGAAUAAUUGGGAUCAACAAACAAGUCAAUAAAACCUAGACAAAACGGAGAUCAACAAACUGCAUACUUGGCCGGACAUUAAAAUACAUACAUACAUAUACAUGUGUAUACAAUUAAACAACGAGCAGAGUCAUGAAUUCAAUAAUUAGAUUUGUAAGUUCUGCAAAAUAUCCGGCUGCUAUAAAAACGUCAUAUUAUACCGGAUUAAAUGCCUGUUUAAAUUAUACGAGCAUCGCAACAGGUGUUGUUGAGCCAAAGCGUCAGCCGUUAGACGAAACACCGGUGGGUGCGAAAACAAACACAGCAAGAACUGCCACUCCAAGCCACGUACAACGAGAAGCCAAAUCGGUUAAGCCGAUAAGCAUUCAACCAUUGACAGACACAUUUGGACGGCACCACACAUAUCUGCGGAUCUCAUUGACCGAGCGCUGUAAUUUGCGUUGCCAAUACUGCAUGCCAGCGGAAGGUGUACAACUACAGCCAAAAUCGAAUCUUCUAACCACUGAUGAAAUACUUUACUUGGCUCGAAUAUUUGUUGAACAGGGAGUUCGUAAAAUUCGUUUAACUGGUGGUGAACCUACGGUACGCCGAGAUAUAGUUGACAUCAUUGCCAAAAUAAAAUCUAUACCUAGACUUGAAAAUGUGGGUAUAACGACUAAUGGACUUGUAUUAACACGUCUAUUAUUACCAAUGCAACGCGCUGGACUCGACGCAGUAAACAUCAGUUUGGACACAUUGCGCCCCAAACGUUUCGAAGAAAUCACUCGGCGAAAAGGGUGGGAACGGGUUAUAGCAGGUAUUGACUUAGCCAUACAAUUGGGCUUUAAACCGAAAUUGAAUUGUGUACUAAUGCGCAAUUUCAACGAUGAUGAGAUUUGUGACUUUGUUGAAUUCACCAAAGAUCGGGCAGUGGAUGUUCGAUUUAUAGAGUAUAUGCCGUUUACCGGUAAUAAAUGGCAAACCGAUAGAUUGGUCUCCUAUAAAGAAACAUUGCAGAUUAUACAGAAGAGAUGGUCGAAUUUUCAACCUUUACCAAAUGGGCCAAACGAUACUUCAAAAGCUUACGGCGUGCCCGGUUUCGAAGGACAAGUGGGUUUCAUUACCUCGAUGACUGAACACUUCUGUGGUACCUGCAAUCGCUUACGCCUGACUGCUGACGGUAAUAUUAAAGUUUGCCUUUUUGGAAACAAAGAAUUUUCGCUACGAGAUGCUAUACGUGGCAAUUGUUCUGAAAAGGAUCUGAUUGAUCUAAUCGGAGCAGCCGUUAGCCGAAAGAAAAAACAACAUGCCGGAAAUCGCUUACAUCAUGAUAUUGGCGAAGCACGAAUAUAUAACAAAUACAAAAUUUUUGAAAAUCAGCCACACCAACGGAUCAUUUCGCAAAACGGACACAACGGCAUUUCAUUACCUGUUUUCACUAGUCUCAUUAGCACACAGUCAGCAACAAAAUAUUGUGCACAAAAACGAAGAUUUGGGACGACGAACUCAAAUGGUUGUAUGACUAAUAGUAACAGCGGUAACAAUUUAACUCAUGUAGAUAAGUCUGGCAAAGCACAGAUGGUGGAUGUCACAGAGAAACAAAGCAGCCAACGCGAAGCAGAAGCUCGUGCCACAGUUGUAGUGGGAUCGGCUAUUGCUGAACUUAUACACAAGAACACCAUGAUUAAAGGCGACGUACUCAGUGUGGCCCAGCUGGCUGGGAUAAUGGGCGCCAAACGAACUUCGGAACUUAUACCUCUUUGUCACAACAUUACAUUAACGUCAGUUAAAGUGGAAGCGAAACUAAAUCUGCAAACAAAUUGUGUGGAAAUUUACGGUCGAGUAAAGUGCACAGGGCAAACGGGUGUGGAAAUGGAGGCACUUACUGCUGUCACAUUGGCGGCACUUACAGUCUACGACAUGUGCAAGGCCAUUUCGCAUGAUAUAACAAUAACAGAUGUAAAACUCUGGGGCAAAAGAGGUGGUAAACGGACUUUUGAACGCAGUUAGGACAAAACAUAACAACUUAAAAAAAAUAUGAUCUUGGAGUAUACAUCCAAUAGGGCUGUUCAGGAUCUUGCAAUGCAUCUUCGGAACAUUUGUAAAUUUACAACAAUAAAAUUAAAACGGUUGCCAUGGUAGCAAACACAAAAUUUUCAAACGCGAAUGCAAAUGCAAAACCAAGACUAUUGGCACAAAAUCCGGAACCACCCUAUUAUUUAUUAGGUACUGCUUUCAGCAUCAAGCAUAGACCACAACGAUUAUAAGAAAUGAAAUUAAUAGCCCAAUUCUGUAUCGGUGACAAAGAUUUUUUUACUGACAA